UGGUAUAAUUUCAGCUGAGCAAAGCACUGCUGCACCUGGAUAACCUCCAAAUAGUGCAUGCAGAUUUAAAGCCUGACAACAUAAUGGUUGUGGAUCGUCGGCAACAGCCGCUGAGGGUCAAGAUCAUUGAUUUUGGCCUGGCGUGCCAUGUGUCUGACAUUGUUCCAGGCUCAAGCAUGCAGACCCUGUGGUACAGAGCACCAGAGGUCAUGCUUGGUACCGACUUUGAUGAGGCAAUAGACAUGUGGUCUCUUGGUGUGUUCGCUGCCGAACUGACUCUGGGCUACCCACUUUUCUACGGGUUUCACGAAUACGAUGUGAUGAGGUUCAUCGUGGAGACCUUAGGUCAGCCACCAGACUUUCAGCUGAACUCCAGUCAAAACACCACCCAGUUCUUUCGCUCGCAAGGCACGUUACAUGGAAAGACCUGGAAACUGAAGACUGCAGAUGAGUUUGUCACAGAAACUGGUCACAUUUACAGAGACACCAGAAUUUACCAUCUCAGCUCUCUUGAUGUCUUGGGGGAGAUGUUGUUUCUUAGAAACAAAUCAGAGAGCAGGGUGAAUUUGGUGAACUGUGUGGACCUCUUAAAACGCAUGCUGGAGGUGGACCAAUAUGCUCGUAUAAUCCCCCUGAAAGUGCUUGAGCAUGCAUUCUUUACUGUGGAGCAGCAACCAGAUGGCACACAAGACAGAGACAUUAGCAGCCUGCGGGCUAAUGUGGAGGAGGAGACACCAGUCAUCACUGAGCAGCCUUUACCUCAGGAUGACAGCACUGCAUCCAAGACCACAACUCCUCAUGAGGAAAUAUGCUUUACUUCUACAGAAAAUGAAAAGCCAGAGGAUGAGGAGAAGGAGGCAGCACACUCCCAGCUUGAAGUAGCACCACAGACCAGCAGCAAGACCCGGAGCCGUCUCAAGAAGUUUUUUAGCUGGUUCAAACGUGGCAAGGAAUUCAGUCAUCAUUAAACUUAACUGUGAUCAUGAUGUUUGGAGAUUUGAUUGUUUUGAUUUUUACAUUUAUGUAAUGUUAGCCAUGGAUGAGAAGUAUAGAAAACAACACGAGAACAGCAUCAAACCACUUGUGAAAACCACAUGAUAUGUAAAUACUGCUAGUGUGAAUCCCACCAUGAAAACUCAAAGACAAAUGUUUCAGACAUUUAAAUUUCUGAAAAUAUAUGUUUGAAUGAGUGAAUAGUUGGUGAUGUUUUGCGUUCCAGACAUUGUUCUCUCUGCAGAUCUUGUUACGCUUGUGACCUUCUCUGGCCACAAUCACAUCAUUUCAAAGUCGGUUACAGUAAAUAUAAUGGAAAUUGGGGAAAUUAAGAGGCCAACAGAUUUCACCAGCACAUCACUAUCAUUUCCCUAGUACUCCAGUCACAUUUAAAACAUGGAUACUGAUUUAACUUUCUACAUUUUUCAAACGAGGUUAUUCUCAACACAAUUCCAGAUUACUUAGUUCCAGUUGCAUUUUCCUCUUGUCACAGCAUGAUGUGUGGUGGAGUAGUACCAAUGUUGUUAACACAUGUGGAAAUGAGGUUAAAGAGUAAAUCUAACCAGGAUAAUGGAUUAAGGAAAUUAGCUUGCUUACCUGCUGAUUAUCUGCACAACCUA